GCUGUGUGUGUGCUCGGGAGUGGGUGACUUGUCAUUGCGGCGUGUUUUGAUGGGAAAUGUGUGGUGGUCGACCGAGCCAGCUAGCCUUUUCAAGCCUCAAAACAAAGCUAAUGUAGCCAGAAACAAUGGUAGCUUGCGUACAAGUCGGCCAGCACACAGUACAGCGAACCAUAGAGCUGGAAAGCUAACGGCAACGCUAGCUUUUUAACGUUUUAAAAACCGCCAGUUGGGGAAUCUCAACGGCAAACCGCCGCAGCGAGCAGGGGGUCCCAUUGUUAUUACACGGCCGGGUUAGCUAGCUUAUAAAGAAGUAACAAUAACACGGAGAUACUGUGGAUACAAUCAUUGUGUCGGGAACAGGUUGUUCAAGGAUAACGUUCAACUCCAAGUCAUGUCCAGGGAAAUGUUUUUGUGGAGAGGACAGAUUUCCCUACUUGGACCCAGCAAGUGUACUGACCAUCCCAAGGAUGCAACAGGUCGGACUCAGUCCUCUGAGAUGUUACUGAGUGAUGAGGAUGGGUCAGAGAAGGAAAUCACGCCGGUGAGGCAAACAAGCCACCCCCUAAAAAACUCUGCAGCUACACCGACUAACACCGCCAUGCCCCGCCUGCGCUCCUGAUUCUCCUCCCCAACCUCUGCACCUUCCCUCGGUCAAAUCUGAGUCACAGCAGCCCCAGGAGCUCCCUGUCAAUUCAGCAUGGCUACACCUUUCCUGUGGAAGCUGUCGUCCCAGAAGCUGGGCUUCUUCCUGGUCAGCUUCGGGUUCAUCUGGGGCAUGAUGCUGCUGCAUUUCACCAUCCAGCAGCGAGCCAGCCAUGAGAACAGCGCUGUGCUGAGGCAGCAGAUCCUGGACCUCAGCAAGCGCUACAUCAAGGCCGUGGCUGAGGAGAACCAAAGUGUCAUGGACGGGCCCUAUGUGGGUACAAUGACAGCUUAUGAUUUGAAGAAGACCCUUGCAGUGCUGCUGGAUAACAUCAUGCUUAGGCUGGGCAAGCUAGAGUCCAAAGUGGAAAACAUCUACAACGGCACGGGGGGCAACCUGACCAACGGCACCAGCACUAUCACACCCAGCGCCACAAACUCAGAAAAGGUCAACGUGGCAGACCUCUUAAACGGAGCCCAAGAGAAGUGCGAGCUGCCGCCUUUGGAGGGUUUCCCUCACUGCGAGGGCAAGGUCACGUGGAUGAAGGAGAUGUGGCGCUCAGACUCCUGCUAUGGCAACUACGGCGUGGAUGGAUCCACCUGCUCCUUCUUCAUCUACCUCAGCGAGGUGGAGAACUGGUGUCCUCGCCUGCCCUGGAGGACAAAGACCCUGAAUGAAGAAAUGGACAGGAGGGGACAGGCGGAGGUGCGGACCGGUUUCGAGGAGCUUUACCGCGUGAUGUCACAACGCGAGGAGUUCCGCUGGAUGAUGCUGAGGAUAAGUCGCAUGGCUGAGCCGUGGGUCAGCGCCAUCCGCUCGCUGGCUGCCAAGCAGAACCUGGCCAGGCGUCGGAGGAAAAAGAUCCUGGUGCACUUGGGCCUGCUGACCAAGGAGUCAGGCUUCAAAAUAGCAGAAAACGCCUUCAGCGGUGGUCCAUUGGGAGAGUUGGUCCAAUGGAGUGAUCUCAUAACCACGCUGUACCUGCUGGGCCAUGAUGUUCGCAUCUCAGCCUCCCUGGCCGAGCUCAAAGAGAUCAUGCGCAAGGUCAUGGGGAACAAGUCCAGUUGCCCAACCCAGGGUGACAAGGUGGUCGAGCUCAUCUACAUCGACAUCGUGGGCCUCACCCAGUUUAAGAAGACGCUGGGACCUUCCUGGGUCCACUACCAGUGCAUGCUGCGGGUGCUGGAUUCGUUCGGGACAGAACCAGAGUUCAACCACGCCCACUACGCCCAGGCCAAGGGUCACAAGACGCCCUGGGGGAAGUGGAACCUCAACCCGCAGCAGUUCAACACCAUGUUCCCUCACACCCCAGACAACAGCUUCCUGGGCUUCGUGGUGGAGCAGCACCUCAACGCCAGCGACAUCAGACACAUCGACGACAUCAAGAGACAGAACCAGUCGCUGGUCUACGGCAAAGUGGACAACUUCUGGAAGGACAAAAAGAAAUACCUUGACAUCAUCCACAGCUACAUGGAGAUCCACGGUACCGUGCACGGCACCACCACCGUGCAUCUCCCGAGCUACGUCAAGAACCACGGCAUCCUGAGCGGCCGAGACCUGCAGUUCCUCCUCCGGGAAACCAAGUUGUUUGUGGGUAUGUCCUUCCCCUACGAGGGUCCCGCCCCCCUGGAGGCCAUCGCCAACGGCUGUGCUUUCCUCAACCCCAAAUUCAACCCUCCAAAGAGCAGCAAGAACACAGACUUCUUUAAGGGCAAACCCACGCUGAGAGAGUUGACCUCUCAACAUCCAUAUGCUGAGGUGUACAUCGGUCAGCCCCACGUGUGGACGGUGGAUAUCGAAAACUCUGUUGAGGUGGAGAACGCCAUCCACUCCAUCCUCAGCCAGAAGAUCGAGCCCUACCUGCCCUAUGAGUUCACCUGUGAGGGGAUGCUGCAGAGAGUCAACGCCUUCAUUGAGAACCAGGACUUCUGCCACGGUCAGGUGAUGUGGCCCCCUCUCAGCACCCUGCAGGUGAAACUGGCCGAGCCGGGCCGCACCUGUAAGCAGGUGUGUCAGGAGGAGCAGCUCAUCUGUGAGCCCUCCUUCUUCCAACACCUUAACAAGGACAAGGACCUGGCCAGGUUUGGUGUGGACUGUCAUACGGUGGAGUCGAGCGCCGACACGGUGGUCCCGGCCUACAGCGAGACUCGCCGGCACUGCAUCUUCCAGGCUGACCUGCUGCUGUUCAGCUGCGCGGGCGCUCACCAGUCGCUGCGACGUAUCUGCCCCUGCCGUGACUACAUGAAAGGCCAGGUGGCGCUGUGCAAAGACUGCCUAUAGCACCAACACACAGGCUGAUGGGCGGGGGGGGGGGGGGGUAGGGGUGGCCGCUCACAGAGGAUCGGGCGAAGCUGGAUGAAGUCGGAGCAGCUUAACGAGUGUUUGAGUGUGUUUGGGAGACAUGCAGCUGUCAGUCAAACACUCACACCGGACUUUAUUUGUGUGGGAAGCUGUCUGGAUAGAAAAACAUUCAUGGGUUCAUCAUAUUUAUUGUUUCCCCAGCUGCUGGGAGUGACGCAGACAACCCUCUGAUUCACCGGCGGUGGCGCUGCGAGUCCUGGAAGCGUUGUGAAAUUACUUGAAUCAACAAAGGGAGUCGAGUUAGACUUUAAGUUAAGCUGCUGCCUCCUUGGUAGACUGCACAUGUCAGUGACUGCACAUGUGACUGCCUGUUUGUCUUUGGGUUCAUCAGGGCAGCGAGGUACCAAGAAGGCUCAACCGCCCCUUCCUAACAGCUACCCCUCCACUCCAACCCCUCCAUCCACAUCCCCUGGUCAAAUCUGAAACUGUUUAUUCUUUAGGUAGGUUUGCACUGGACUGGCAUGCCUGAAGGCCUACAUCCCCCCCCCCCCACACACACACACACACACACACACACACACACACACACUCAUACACACGGGGAGGCUAACAGACGGCGGCUAAAGAAGAACCCAGUUUUACACUGUAACCAACAUGUUCCUCUCUUCUGGACGAACGUGAUGAGACAUGUAAUGUAGAUAUCUAGAUUUUUAUUCUGGAAGUUUUUUCAUUUCCUGACUCAUACCCCCCCCCCCCCCCCAUCGGUCCUCAUAUCCCUUAAAAAAAACAAACGGGAAAAUGCGCUCCCUUGAUUUUCAUACAUUCACUUUCAAAUUGCACACUUUUACUUUUACUAUGAUCCAAGUGUGUGUGUGUGUUUCUACAGAAGGCCAGUAACAUUUGAGCAGAUCAUCCGGUACUACGCACACACCGAGGUGAGGAUCGGGGAGGGUCAUUCUCUGUAGCUAAAGCUGACGUGUACGGAGUCGCCGUGUCGUAGGAUGUCGUGCCGUUGUGUCGUAGAUGAUAGACCGCCGUCAGCGGCAGUGGUAACACCUAGAUGCACCGCAGCCCAGGCGAGGAAGCCUUAACAACAACACGUUUUCCAAAGACUCCACAACUCGCAGAGAAACAUGACAAGCUAACCGUGAUGUCUGUCUGUGUCUUAAUGUACACAAGCUGUUAAAAACACAGAUCCACACUCAUAUCCCGUCUACCAGACAACUGAUGUAAAUCCUUACGAGCAACAAAAACAUGCCAACGACGCGUUUCUGCAACGCAAAACCUCGCAUCUCCUCGUUUUUGUUCGGUAAUCGUUAGGAUCUUAAUUUGCCUGCAGAUUUGCGAAGAAAAAAAUUAAGAUAAAAGUCAAAUUUGUAGUUCUUGUGGUGAAGGGAAAGAAAUGCACUACGGUAAUCUAUUUGCAGAGGUUUAACAAGAUAUUAGUAACACUGUAUAUUGUUCAUAUGGGUUUAAAAGUUUUUCUUUUUUAUUUAUUUUGUAUACAGAUCUUUAUCUCUGUUUUGCUGGAAAUCAGUUUUUUUAUUUAUAGGGAGCGGUGUCUUUUCUUUUUUCCUUUUUUAUAGAUUUUUAUUUAUGGAGAGUAAUUAUAAAAAAUUUAAAUAAAAAAAAAGCUUGCUUGUCUUCCAAGUGUAUGGCCGAGAGGGGGUGGGGGGGGGGGGCUUUGUCUGCUUCUGCUCAGCUUUCAGCAGUGGUGUGAAAACAGAUAGAUCAGAGUCUCGCUGGUUAUGUCGUGUUGACUUUGCAUUCUUUAUAGAAAAGGUUAAAAACAAUUCAAACCUGUAAUAUUUAUUCCUUAAAAAGCUGAAAACUCAUGAGGAUUGGUUCUCAACUGAAAUCUUUAGUCUUGAAUAAUAAGUGCUGGAGAUCACGGGCUGUUAAAGCUGAACAGCAGUGGACAAACGUGCCUCGUUUUAUUGUGAAAAGCCAGCAGGAGCCUCAUACACUUUGUGCUUUUGUUUCCAAUCUCAGUUUUUCUGUUUGCACACGUGUAAAUUCAGACUGAGCGGCACCGUCCAGCUGCAGAACACCACCUGUACUCUCACUGUGUCGGCUCAGACUGGUUUUACUUUUGUCAGGUCAGUGAUCUGCCGCCAACUUAGUGUUUCGAAGAACAUGACGUGCCUUUUCAUGGUUAUGUUUGGUUCCUGUUUGAAUAUCAGCGAACUGACGGUCCCAGAUUUAACUCCACAGAUCAGAAGGCAUCUGUUUGCUCUUUCCUGAAUCACUUUUAUUGUACACUUGAAAUCAUUAAAAAAAAAAGAUCUCAUUUUAAUAUAAUACUAUUAAAAUCACUUAAUUUAAUCAGUGCAAACCUUGUAAUUUGUUACUCGGGUUUGGAUCCAUGCCAUUCACAGAACUAAAAGAAAGGAUAACACCAGUGCAGCAUUUGCAAUUGGAUUACUGAGCCGUAAAUUGAUGUCAGAAACAUCCAUACAAACUCAAUAGUUGGAUUACUUUUUUCUAAUUAUAUGUCCAUGUAUAUAUACUGGUGAGUAAUCAGGUUAAUGCAGCACAUGUUCUAUAACAUCUGAUUGGCUUAAACGGAUUACUUUUCUGCAUGUGACUUCCUGCCGACUCUCAGGCUGAAGCAGUGACACAGAAAGAAAGAAACAGUGGUGUCGUCCUUUCAUUUACAGGAUCGGUCUUACCAUAUUCUUUAGUUUAGCUAUCGUCAACAAACCUCACGUGUUUCUCCCUCUCUCUAUACUUUGACUUCCCCGUGUGUGGGUCUGUUGACAAUAAGAGAAAUAAAGACUAUGAGCACACGUAUCCUUGUACAUGAGUUGGGGAUGGUUCAGUUGAGUACAUACUAGAAAUCUAAACAAUAGCUUCAGUUAUUUUUCAAUUUGGAAAAAAAAAAGCAAAGUCGUUCAAACCUGUGUUGUUGCAGUAAAAGCCUUGUUUACUUUCUGUUAGUCAGACUUCUUCUAAGCAUGCUGUCGAUCAGAUUAUCAACUGUUUGGUUUCAAGAGAACAAAAUCUUCACCAUAUCUGUCUUUGUUAACCUCAGCAUUGAAUGUCUCCAUUGUAAAGAAAAACUAAAAAGAACAUGCUACUUACGGUCAUACAAACAUGUAUCAAUCUUUGUUUUUCAAUGUCGACCUUGUUUGAAUCUGUCAGUUAGCAUCCGGUGUCGGAAACACCAGAGCGGUGAUGAUUGUGGUCCGAGCAGCGAAAGGUGAAUAACGCAAUGACAACGUUUUUUUUUGUUUUCACAGUCCUUGACGAGUAAGAGGGAUAUAACUUUAUUUUUAAAUAAACCUUUUUUCUGUGACAAAAGG